AUGCCCAUCCUCCGCUUUAGCUCGGCCAGCAUCUCUCCGCCGCCGCCGCGACAGCAGCGCACCAUGGCUGCCUCGGGGAUUGUAGACCCCACCAAGCCGGGGAAAUACCCCGUGAUCCUCAGCGAUGCUCUGCUGGGCAAGCCCUCCAAGGAGGCAUACACGGCGAUACGGUACAAUCACCGCCCAACUCUCUCGUCAGAAACCGCUCCAAACACUGCGCGGCUAAAGAAGUCCGGCAACGACGGUUCUUACAACCUCGGCUUCGAUGACCAAGGCAACAAAUACCAAUACAAUGGCGCCCGCACCACCGACGACGGCAACUACGCCCUCAUCUUCGACCCGGCCCGCAAGGCCUUCGUGCUGCACCGCAUCGACUCUACCUUCCACAUGAACCUGACGCGCACCCCGACGGAAACCAACGCUGAGAGUCUGCGCAAGCAGUUCCCCCAGCUCGAGGUCAAGACGGGCACAAGCAGCAAGCCCCAGAAAGGCAAGGGCACCACCGCCGCCGCAGAGAAGUCACAAGCCGGCAGCGGCAGCAGCAAAGCAACCCCCGCCAACAAAGCCACCAGCAACACGUCCAAAGCGACAACCAAGAGCGGCACGGGCAAGACCGACAACAGCAGCAGCAAACCCGACAACAAGACUAAGCAAACCAAGUCCAUCAGCAAGAGCGUGGCCUUGACCCUCCCGUCGGCUCCACCUCCACAACAACAACAACAGCAACAACAACAAAAACAACAACAAAAACGGGCACAAGGCUCAGACGACGAAGAUGAGGAUGACGACGACGACGCCGACGACGUGCUCACGGUCGAGUACCCCGGCGGCAACCCAUCAUCCUUCCAGCCACCCGUCAGCCGUGCCCCGCCCGUGGCAGUUACCCGGCGGUGGUCCGAGUUUGCGCGGGAAAUGCAGAGUGAGACCGACGAUGAGGGCGACGAGAUGAUGGCUGAUGCCGAUGCCUCUGUGGGUCUUGGGCUGGGGCUUGGGAUUGGGGCUGGGGCUGGGCGAGAGGCGGAGGAGGAAGGCUAUGGCGGGGAGGAGGAGGGGUAUGAGGAGGAGGGGUAUGAGGAGGAGGGGUAUGAGGAGGAGGAAGAGGAGGAGGAGGAGGAGGAUGAUGAGGGGCAGCAGGGGCAGGGGCAGGGGAUGAGGGGGUUGCACGGAUUUGGUGGUUCUGCCGCUGCUGCUGCUGCUAAUCCUGUCGCGGUUGAGCCUGAGGUGUAUACCUUUGAUGCUGGGUCUGAGGAUGGGGAGGGGGCUGAAGGGGAUGAGGACUUUGGGGAUCUGGAGGCUGAUUUGGAGGCGGAGAUGCUAAAGGAGUUUGAUAAAGUCCAGGAUGAAGGGCAUGAGAGCGAGGUGAGCGAGGAGGAGUGA